UAAAUAAUUGAAAACAAUGAUGGAGAAGCAUGGAGCAGGCGAUAAGCUGUCUAAUAACAAAACAGAAACAGACCCAGUUAAAAAAAUCUUCCAUGAAAUUCCUAGAGGAAAACCAAAAUCAGGUCGUAUGUGGAAAGAAGUUAGAACCCAGAGAUCUUCUGUCAUUAAACAGGUGAAAGCUAUGAAAACGACAUGGGAACAGAAAAUGGAACUCAGGAAUGAAAAAAAAAGGUUAAAGGACAUACAGGAACAAUUGAAGACAGAAAAAGAUAAAGAAAAACAGCUUCGGAGACAGAGAAUGGAGGCAAACAAGAAGCGCAAGUUAGAGAACCAAAGAAAAGCAGAAAUAGUGCAGCCUAUAAAAAACACAGCAAAGAUAAAGAAAAUGAAGAAGAAACAUUUGAGGACAAUUGAAGUCAGGUGAUGGUUAAAUAUCAACAAUGUUUAGGUAAAAGUAAUAAAGUUGUUUUGUUGUAAAUAAAUAAACUGAAAUAAGCAGGA